AUGCUUUGUGGUUCGUUGCGAAAUCGAAUACGCACUUGGCUUCGCGACUAUGUUAGGCUCCAGUCUCUUGUGGUGAUCCUUAUUUACGCUCAGAUAGGGUGCGCGUUGAUUGGUUCACUAGGGGCAUUGUACAAUGGAGUCUUGCUGGUGAAUUUGGCGAUUGCGUUAUUUGCGCUAGUGGCGAUCGAGAACAAUAGCCAGAGUCUUGGCCGAGCCUAUGCGGUUCUUCUCUUCUGCGCCAUUCUUCUUGACAUCUCAUGGUUCAUACUCUUCUCCAAAGAGAUUUGGAACAUUUCAUCUGAGAUGUAUCAAGCGCUUUACAUUUUCUCUGUGAAACUCACUAUGGCUAUGGAGAUUGCUGGGUUCGUUGUGAGGCUGUCGUCGUCUCUGCUAUGGUUCCAGAUUUAUAGGCUGGGAGCUUCUGUUGUAGACACUUCUCUUCCCCGUUUAUCGGAUUCAUAUAUGCGAAAUAGUUUCUCAGAUCCUCCUGUUUUAGGUAGUGACUCUGAUUUGCGAAAUGGCUUGUUAGAGCCUUUUGCUAUGGCUAAGCAACGUUCGCGUUCUGAUGAAAUCCUGGGAGACUCUAUCGAGGAAUUAGCCUACCACAAUCCUCCAUUUGAAGAUUGUCAAAACAAUAUCACUUCACCCAAGGUGAUUAAACAUCAUUCAACUGGGAACAUUAACAAAGGAUCCCAAUCAUCUGCUGAAGAAGACUCUCGAAAUAAGUCUCCGCUAUCCAGAUCCUUGGAGUCCCUUGAUUCUAGUCUCCAUUGA